UAUAUUUUGUCGGCUUAAAAAAUCCCCGAGCAACCUUCCCAAACAAUAUGGCGGUAACAGUUUGAAGUUUUUAAAAAGAUAAUCGACAAUUUUGAGUGAAAGCAUCAUGGAAGGUGACACGUUCGGUGUCAGAAUUUCACCACCGCAAUUGGAAUUCUUUGAUACAGAUGUCAACACUGUUCAUGAGCUGAACAUCACUGUGAAAAACAUAAGUAAAUCAAGUAAAAGCAUACGAUUUUAUGGACCAAAAUCUAAAUUCUUCAAUCUAAAAGUAAAAAACCCUACAAAGCCAGUGGCAUCAGGCUUAUGCGUCCCAGCUAUUAUUGAAUUUGAAACCAGUGAAGCAAAAGAGAUUCGUGAUAGACUGGUUGUAACUAUUGACGGAGAUGUGGCUGAAAUACCAUUGAUAGCAUAUCCUAUGCAGCCUAUGCUAGAAAUUGAAGAAGUUGUUGACUUUGGAAGUCUUGUAGCCAGCAGUAAAACAAUAUCAAAAGAAAUUGCAUUAACAAAUCAUGGAUCUAAAGCUGGAGAAUUUAAACUGAAGUAUUCCGGGGACAAACCUUUAGCCAUUGUACCCACAAGUGGCAAUGUACCUCCUAAAAGUGUACAGUUGAUAAAGAUUGAAUAUGUAACAAAAGAACCUGGAAACUUAGAAGAGCAUGUGAGAGUUAAACUAGAAGGAAGAGAACCUAAACAACUGACAAUAAAGGGAAGAUUAGUUGACAGAGCUUUAGAAGUUUUAUCUGUAGAUACUGGGGCACCAGUAGAUUGUGUACAGUUUGGCAGUACCUAUUAUGGGUGUGACAGAACCCAGUGUGCAUUACUGUACAAUAACAGUCCAGAAUCUGUUAACUUUGUAGCUGUACUAGAUGAAGAUGCUGUGGCUCAAGAAAUGGGAAUAGAUUUGACAAAAAGUACAACUGAUGCCUUGGCUAAUACUGGGAAUGGAGAUAAAUCUAAAGGUGGAACUAAUGUCCUAACAUCACUAGUUACUGCCAUACCUAAUCAGGGAAUACUUAAACCGUAUGAGAAAAUACCUGUUUUCUUCAGGUUCAGUCCAAGAUGGCAUGCUGCUAAAGAAGGAUGGAAAUGUAACCAAGAUCCACCACCAAGAAAAGAUUUUGCUCUGUUUGUGAAAAUACAGAUUAUAGGCUCUAAUGGAGGGUUCACAGAACAAGGGUCAACAAAAAGUGAUACAUCAGUGGAGAUAGCAUUGGCAGGAACAGCUCUUCCAGUUUUAGUUGAUAUCGAACCUUCAAUGAAGUUUGAUUUUGGAGAAUGUCCAGUCGGAGAACAUGCUGAUGUUUUAUGUACUAUCCACAACAGCUCAAACGAAUUACCAGUGAUUUUCCAGUUUCGUAAAAUUGCUCAUUUCACAACUCACCCAGCAAGUGGAAAGAUAGAGGCUGGACAAAGUCAAGAUGUUAUUUUCUCUUUUGGUCCAAAACAGAUUGGAAGCUUUAAACCAACCCAGCUAUUAGACAUAAUUGGGCAAGUAGCAGACAAUAGGAAUCCUACCAUGACUUAUCUACAGGUCAUCAAUACAAUGGCCGUACAGUUCUCAGGCAGCAGUGACCCAAUACCAAAGAAAAGGAAGCCAAAAUAUAACCCAGGUUUAACACCAUACAUCAGCAAUGAGGUUGGCAUGUUUGCUGAAACAACAUUUUCUGAAGUAGGUGACAAUGAUUUGAGGAAUGCCAUAGCAGGUGGACAUAAGACUCAGUUACAUAGGACAGCUGAGGAUAAAACUGGAGCUAAAGUUGCCUUCCCUAACGAUAGAGCACAGAGUAUUAGGCCAAGUGAUAACACAUACAAAACGAUAUUCACCAAAGCAGAUAGACAUACUUACAUUGACCCAGAUUAUGCACUUAAUGAGGAAGAAGGUCAAAUGAAAAAUUCACACAGAGACAGUUAUGUAGCCAUGCUUAGAGAGAUGAGACAAAACAGGCUCAAUAAAAUGAAAUCCAAGGAGUUUAACCAGACAAACAACAAAACAGAUAUUGGUAUAAAAUCUGCUGCAGGGCUCAGACCAAAAAUUCUGAAGCAGGAUGAAAUAGUACCUGAUCCUAGAAGUCCAUCUCCACCAAACUCAGAGUACAAACUACUUAGUACUAAAGAAUUGGCUGAGGUUGAACAGUUGUCUAGGAGUAAACCGGUUUGUGAAGGUCUGAAUGCUGUACCUACAACCAAUGAGGAAAAGGCAGAUUGUACAAAAUGGCUGUCACCACAACAGUUACAUCAGAUUAUUGUGGGUCCACCAGUAUUAGAUUUUGGUAAAGUUUGUCUGAGAUCUGUGAGGACAAUGAAUUUAAGUAUUGUCAACAACCUUAAACAACAUAUCCAUGUUGUAGCUGAGAUUGAUUGUAGAGAGUUAAGACAGAGCAGUCCCCUGUCACAAGUUAUACCACCAAUGUCCAAGGCUAAUCUACCUAUUGUAUUUGAGUCUAAUGUCAAAGGAAAAUUCCAAAGAUCAGUUUCCUACCAGAUUAAUGGUUCCUAUAAACACCAUGUGACUGUUAUAGCAGAGGUAGUACCUGUAUCAUUAAAGCUGUCAACAGAUGAGUUGAUUCUGGGGGCUUCAUUUGGUCUACCAGCUGAAGCAGGUUUCCGUGGUGUGAUAACAUUACAUAAUCCACUAAACCAUGCUGCAGAGUUCACAUGGACACCAAUACUAGGUGACAGAGGAACAGCCUUCUCUAUAAGACCAGCUGAAGGUACUGUAGAUUCUUUCAAAGACUUAGACUGUGAGGUAGUAUGGCAUCCAUCUUAUUUAGCUCCUGAGGAUGGGAUGUUCUCCCUCAAAGUACAUGGUGGUCCUACAUUGCAACUCAGCUGUAGAGCAGAGCUUGGAACAGCCAGUGUACAGUUUGUAGAACGGAGAAUCAUGUUUGGUCAAACUCCUAUAAAUCUGACCACUACAAGGACAGCAAUGUUAGCCAACACAGGACAAACUCAUGCCUACUUUCAGGUGAUAGACUCAAACCCUUUCCCUGGACUCACUGUUUCACCUGUACAUGGAGUGGUACCAGUAGGUGGGUUUGCAGAAUUAAAAGUCAUGUUAACCCCACAAGCUAUGGUCAAGUUUGAUACACGAGUCCAAGUGGCAAUCAAACAAGGAAAGACACUAGAACUUAGAAUGGGUGGCACAGUAGAGCCACCUACUGUUGACAUAGAUCUACCAAACUUUAACUUUGGUGGUGUCUACUGUGGGUCAGGAUCUACACAGUCCUUUAGAUUAGCAAACAGGGCUGUUACUAAAGCUAAACUAGAAUUUGAUCUAACCAGAUUUAGAGACUUCAGUCUUAGUUUCCCUGGUUACCAGACACAAGAGGACUACAGUUUCCAGCUACUAAACCCAGGAAUGUUUACUGUUACCAUGGCACCAGAGGAAACCAUUGAAGGAGAACUGAUAUUUAUGCCAACUGAGGUGGCAGCAUAUGAUUUUGUGAUGCCAUGUAUUGUCAACAUGCUUGGAGCACCAACACCAGCCCCGACUCCAUUUCCGCCUACACCAGCACCAUCUAACAAGAACAGUUUACAACAUAUUAUAAAUCCACGACCUCAACCUUUCUCUGUAGCGACACCUAGUAAACAUGUGAUAGCUACAGCCCUCAGACAACCACUGACUCUUUCUUCAAAUAAGAUUGAGUUUUCUUUACCAUCAACAUUUGAGGACCCUUCAUCUUCAACUGGUCUUGGUGUUACAAAGGGUACUGUCAUGGUAAACAACAGUGAUCAGCCAAUCAAAUGGACAUUUGACCUGAGCAUGCCCAAUAAAGCUCUAGAUCUUGGCAUAUUAAAGUUUGUACAUCCUACAGGAACCCCAUUUGUUGUAAUGGGUGGAACAGAAUCUAAGGGAAUUGAAGGAACCAUAGAACCAGAGAAAACACAAGGCGUAUCCAUCAUUUUCUGUCCAAAGGAACCAGGUGUACAUGAAAUACUGGUACCAGUUUUAGUGAAUGAUGAGGAGAAGCCAUACCAGUAUAUCCAGAUUUAUGCUGAGAUGAAGUCUCCACGUCUUUGGUUUGACCCCUUGGCUAUUGUACUGACACCAGUACCAUUGCUGACAGAAGUCUCAUCAGAAUUUACUGUUUUGGCUGCUCAAUAUUUCAAAAAAAGUGGUGUAGUUGUGGAACUUCCAGAAGUAGAAUGUGAAGAUGGCAGCACUAUCUGUCCUUUGACAGUCACAUGGUUAGAGUCAUCAGAAGUAAGACCAUGUAAUGGAGAUGAAGGACAGAUGGAGCCAUGUGCCUUAGCAUGUAAAGUGACAUUCUCUAGUCCGAGACCUAUAUCAUUCUGUGCUCCUAUCAAGUUUAUAGAUGAUGACAAACGAGAAUUUAGGUUGAACAUAACUGCCACAGCUGAUAACUGCCUACUGACGUGUUAUCCAUUCCUAGCAAUACACAGAACAGACCAUCAAAUUGUCUGUGAACAAGGAGGUUCUCCUAAAGGAAGAGCAAUGUCUUUUAGAGAGGCUGUAAACAAUACUGGAGAAGCAGUCAUUGUACCAUGUGCUUCCCCUAACCAUAACAGUAGACCAAGUACCAGUGCAACCAGUUCAAAUUUCCAAAUCUCUUCCUCUAGUUAUGAGUCAUCUACUAGUGGUACAGAUUCCACCAAUGGUGACACACCUAUUAAUAGAGAUGGUGCCAUGAACAAGCCUCAGUCUGGAUCAGAGUAUAACCAGAGUCGUACCCAACAGGACCUUGCCUCAAGGUCACUGGGAUCAGCCAUGUUCCCUGAUGAGGAUACAGAGGAGGGAAUAUUCCACAUGGAGGUGUUAUUAGCCAAUCAAAGAUGGUUUUCAUCACAAGGAUGGCCUGGAGGGCAGUUUCCUAUUACUAUUCCUAAUACACUUAGAUGUGGUAUAAGUAGAAAGCCAAUCCAAGAUGACAUGCCAAAGAAAGCUGGAAGCUGGGACACAAACAAUUUGAAGAAAGAAUUUAAAACAAUUUAUGAUAUGAUUUCCAAUCUGGCAGGAAGAUCUGUGCCAGGAAUACCUAUAAAUGCUGGACUGCCAUCAGAUCCUGUGGAGCGUGUCAAACAAGUUUACUGGCAGCAUUCUACACUGCUUACAUUUAUCAGAUGUCAGGGAGCAUGCAUUGCUUCAAUUAACCCAGAAUACCUGAUGGAGCCUCGUGAUUACCAUUUAUGGAAACAAAUGCAGAAGCAGAUGAAACAAGAUCUUUUAAAACAGGGGGACCAUGAAGGGGCUAAUGCUGUUAAUAUUGAAGAGGAGCUCGAGGAUGAUGUGUUUGAAGCUGUUUCUAAGAGAGCAUGGACUGAUAUUCUUCUACAGUUAUAUAAGACAUUAGUCUUGGCCAAAGUUACACCUAGGACUUUGAAGAACACAUCAUCACCUGACAAAACACUAGAGAUCCCAGCUAUUAACCCUGAUCCUUUAAGUAGUAACAUCUACAGCGUGGCAGAGAGAAUCCUCUUGUCUUGGUUAAAUCAUCAUUAUGAACAUUACAGGGAAAGGAUCUGGAACAACUCUCCAAAAGGUGGAAUACCCCCAUCUAGAUGGAUAGUAAACUAUGACAUAGACAUACUGGAUGGAUUAGUAUUGGGUGCAGUGUUGGGAGCACACAUGCCAUUUCUGAUAAAGACUCACUUACAAGAUAUGUAUACCCACCCUGCUACAGCUGAACAGUGUCUACAUAAUGCUUUGAAGAUCACUAACGCCAUGAGAUAUGCUGGAAUAGAUUAUGAUAUCCAGGCAAUAGAUAUAACAGAUCCUAAUCCUAUUUCCUUGUUGAUGUUAUGUGUACAUUUAUACCAGAGAUUACCAAUGUAUAUUCCAAAAGCCACAUUGGACUUUACUGGACAACUCCAUACAUCUGUAUGUAGACAGGUGAAACUGAGUAACCCAAGUGGCAAGCCUUUAGUCUACCAAAUUCUCAUAGCUGGACUUGAUGCCAGAGAUUUUAGAGUUCCAAAAGGAGAUACUGUUUCUAUAGCACCAAGGUCAUCUCUUCAUCUAAAUGUGGAAUUUACCAGCAGGUUUUUGAGGCCAGCAGAAGCCAUAUUGGUAUUGGUUGGCAGACGACAUGGAUCAGCUGUUGGAUCAACAUUGACCUUUAACCUUAGAACCCAGAUAGAUAACAUUGUGCCAAAGAGUCAAAAUGAAUUUGAUGAGCAUAUAGUUAAAUGUGAAUCCCCAUGUUACGAGCUAGAAAGAAUACAGUUAACUUUAACCAAUCCUUUUAACGAAGGUGGAGACUUUAGGAUAGUUCUAGUAGAGGCUAGUACAGACCUUCUAGAUCCCACAAAGAAUGCAACACUGAUGAAAUCAAAGGAACGUAGAAAGAGAAAGGUCAGGGCUAGAAUAGACCAUGGACAGAAGAGACCAGAGACCCCACCUACUCCUCCCCCUGUCAGACCUAUUGAGGGAACAGAAAUCAAACUUAAAGAGGACCCACCAAUGAUGAGUGCUUUUUUCAGCCCUAUAUCUAGUGUUAACAUUGGACCACAGGAAACAAAAACAAUAGAGAUACACUUCCUGCCAUUCAGUGUGGGAGAUAGACAAUGUUCUGUCAUAUUUCUGAAUGAAAACAUUGGAGAAUUCCUGUACUCCGUGGAGGCUAAGUCUACCAUGCCAUUACCAGCUCCUAUUCCUUUUGUUAGAUCACAAUACAGCGUCAGAAUAAGUAGUGCUGCAGCUGCUGGCACUGGACGAGGAUUGUUUGGUGGAGAUGAUAGUGUUGUUUACUGGAAGUGUGAGGCAGGACAAACACUACAAGAGAAUAUACAUGUACCUAUUCAGAACAAGGCCAGAGAGAAGGCAUUGUUAAUGGCAUCUCAGAUACACAUGAGUGACAAAGAGUUACAAAGGCGUUCGGUGACGGGGACACUUCACUCCAGCAGUGUGACAUCACAAGUUAUCACUAAACUAUCCACCAAUGCUGCACAGAGUAUCACACAAGCAAAGGCUAAAUCUCCAAUUGGAACAUCCUAUACAGUUGAAGUGGACUCUGAGUUCUACACAGUACAGACUAAGUUACUGGUCCCACCACAGAAUAAUAGUCCCAGAAAGUCCAAGAGUGCUCCUGUAUUACCAGGUGGUUUGAAAGAACCCUCAGUAGAAUUAGCUGUAAAGUUUAAAGCCUCUGAACCUGGCCAUUAUCCAUGUACCAUUACACUGACUAGUCAAGAUGAUAUCAGAGUGUAUAAAAUAGAGUGUACUGUUAAUCCAGAGGGCAGCACUGCUGAGAUCUCUUUCUCUGCUCCUGUCCAUCAGUCUGUGACACAAGAAAUACCUAUUGUAAAUAUGACAAACCAUGAUUGGCCCCUAAAGGCAUGCAUCGAAGGAUCUGGUUUUGUAGGACCACCCAGUAUUCUAGCAAAGGCUUACAAUACUACUAGAUAUCCUCUGGUCUACAGACCACAGAAUGAAAUCCCAGUUACAGGCAAAUUGACCUUGUCCAACAUGGAGGAUGGAACUGAUCAUGUGUUCCACCUGAAUGGAACACCAAAGAAACCAUUAGCACUGGAUCAUAUUGUUGUCAAGUGUGAAGCUAAAAAGAGGUCUUCAUGUCAAUUGUCAGUCCCAAAUGUCACAAAGAAAAAGCUGUGUUAUAGGGUUGAAUCUGAUAUUCCCUUUGUUGGUGGCAAUAUGUCUCUAACAAUACUCCCUGGUAAAUCUGGAAAGUACAACAUGGAAGUGAUGCCAAGUCGAAGAGGAGUUUAUAGAGGAAUUGUAGCAUUUAUAGCUGGCAAAAAUCCUAUCGUUGAGAUAGAUAGUGACGGAGAUGAGAUACCAGACGGCGAUGAUGAUGAGAGCAGACAUUACUAUGGUUACAGAAUCUGGUACUCAUUAGAAAUCCAAGUUCAACCGUCUCCACCAGAACGUAUAAUGACAGUUGAAUGUGCUUGUCAUAAAAAGGCAUUGUUGGAAGUAAUUGUAAGAAAUCCAACUCCUGAAGAAAUAAAGCUGGAAGUAACAAUUGAAGGAAGGGAUCUAUCUGGUGCCUCAUCAAUAAUAUUAGGAGCAGGUGAAAAAGAUGUGUAUACACUCACCUAUGCUCCUGCUGUUAUAGGAAAUCAUAAAGGAAGAUUGAUAUUUUUCCAUGAGACUGUUGGGGAGUUCUGGUAUGACCUCAGACUCAAUGCUGAUUCUCCACCACAAACCACAUUGACACAUAUGGAAUGUGAACUUGGAAGAUGGACACAGCAGACAAUUCUACUGGACAAUCCUACUGAUGAAACACUUGAGUUAGUACCAACAGUAUCCAACACAAACAACUUUUCCUUAGAAAGAGAAAAUGAGCGGCCAUUGUGUUUGCGACCUCAUUCUCAGAUUGAGGUCCCUAUACAUUUUAUGCCAUCAACACUUGGCCAUGGAGACCAUAUUGCCAGAAUUAUAUUCCAUAGUCAACAACUUGGAGAAUGGAUAUUUGUAGCUUCUGGUACGGGACUGUUACCUCAACCACAGGAUCCAGUCAGUGUGUAUACUGAAGCAGGAUCUAAUAUUACACUUAUAAUACCAUUCCGUAAUCCAAUGGACCACGCUGUUAUUGUUGAUGUACAACUAAAAGAUAAUAAUGCUCAGUUAGAGAAGAUAGUGAAUGGAUACACAACAUCAGAAACAGCUUUCUGUCUUCUACUGAAACACAUGGCUAGUAUUAGAGUGGGUCCAAAGUCCACCUUAGAUAUCCCAGUAUGCUUUGCACCAACAGAGAUGACAAAGUAUGAAGCAUUGUGUACUGUUAUAGUAAGAAAAGAAGAUAAUGGCAAAUGGAUGUAUGGACCAAAAGAUAGUAGAGGAAAUCUAAUUUCUAAAACCGGAAAUGAUGGUUUAACUGAAAUUAGGUGGUUGUACCCAAUACAAGGGGUACCAGAAUCUAAACCAGUCAAGGACACAACAGGGGCAGUGGUAGAAUGUAAGGCUCGUGACCGUGUAGAGGAGAGGUUAGAGGUCACAUUGGCAGGUGUUGCUCCAGCAGCUUCAGGACCACAAAAAAAUAUAACCACAAGAUCUAUUACACCAAAAGGACAAAAACCAAAAGUAGCAGACGGCAUUGUUGUAGGGGAAAAUGAGAUUGUAUUGGGUGAAAGGUCACUCUCUCCACCAAUGGAAACUUUAGCCACAGCCGAAGAGUUUACAUUUGAAAUCAAGUAUCCAGAUGGAGACACUCAGGAUAACUUACAGAACUCAGUGGCUUUAUCUCUGGUCAGAAUACAGAGAGAGACGGCAUCAGGACUGGUCAUACUCAUCUUCAAUACAGUAUAUGCUCCAUUUAAACCAAUGAGUCACUGUGUAGAACUACAAGUACGAGCUGCCACAGGUGGUCUCUGGAAAUUCCCAUUGAAGUUUGUAGCCACUGAGCCACAGGUUGAUGAUACAAUUGUUUUAGAAGCUGCUGGAUUGGGAAAAGAUUCAAGUGUAGGAUUUAGAUUGACAAGUCAGGCUAAACAUCCAGUAUGUUACAAUGCCUAUUUUGGUGCUGGUAGUGAUCCAGAGUUUACAGUAUCUCCACAGACAGGAGAGCUACUUCCACAGGGUACUAACGGAACACUUCUAAAAAUAAACUUCCUGCCAAAUGUCUAUGGUAAACUCUACCAAGCUAAACUUAUUGUUCAGACAAAUGAUAUGCAGUGGAGUUAUGAUGUUAAAGGAACAAUACCAGAAUACAAUCCACCAAGGGGAAGAUCCUCCCAGCCUAUAGCAGGACCACACCCUGAUCCUAGGAUCAGAGGGGAGAGAAUCAGUUAUGUCAGACAGAACAUUAAGCUUAACACUACAGCUGCAUCAUCUCCUCUGAAAGGAGCACCUCUUAUACAGCGAACAAAGCUUCCAUGAAAAGAUGGAUGAUGGUGUAUAAACCAAAAAUCUAUUAACACUGUGUUUUCAUACAUAGACAGUUACAUUAGACCUUAAAGGACAUGGUCAGGGGAUGAAAUUAUGCUAAUCUUUUAAAAGAUAAUUAUAAAGGACAAUGUCCAGUACUUUGUCCAGUACUAUGUUCUGUUGAUAAUUCAUAAGUGGAAGUUUGAAUUGAUUUGUAAUACACAUUGACCAAAACCAUUUUCAAGCUGAAAGAUAUUUCUUGUAUUAUUUUCUGUUUUGAUGAAAUUUUAUAAUCUUAUCUUUUUGUGAUAAUGAAAGAUGAGUUUUAUUUAGUUAUUAUUUUCUAUUGGUUUGUUUUUCUACAGCAUUUUACUUCUUUACUGAAAAUACAUGAAUGAUAAAUUUAGAAUUUGUAUCUAGGAUGCUAUCAAUGUACAUAAUUUUAUUUUAUCCAUGCAGCAAAUAGAGAUGUGAAUUAUAAGUGAACUAUUUUUUAUACUUUUUAAUCUUUUCAUUUUCUUUUGAAUUUAACAAAUCUAUUCUGCAAUAAUUACAAAUGAUCUAUUUUUUUACUGUUUUAUUUCCUAUUGUCUCUCAUUCCGUCCAGCAUUUAGUGAAACUGCUGUUAUAAAUAGCAUUAGUUACUUACUGAUUUGAUUUAUUGUCAAUUAGUGGCCCAAAGACUGUUGUAUAAAUAUAUAUUUUCAUGUUGUUAUAGAUAAAUUUGUUAAUGUUUUCUUCCUAAUAAUCUCAUGAAAAGUUACUCAGAAACAUUUUGAAAAGAAAAAGAAAAUUGAAAAUGCAAAUGGGGAAAAAUACAUGUACUUACAGCGAGAGAAAUCUAAAAGUAUAUCAGAUGUACAAUCUAUAAACAUUUGCUCAGGUUACCAUCUUUCUAUCGGUGUAAUUUUCUUAUUAAGGAAGGACUAUUGGAAAUCAUGUUAACAUGGUAUAUCUUUCAAUUGUUUGUGAUAAAGUGGAAUGAUUCUUUUUUAUUUUAACUCUACUUAAGUCCAUUAAUGUUUAUUAUUAACUUUAAAAAAAAUAUUUCUUGAAUGCCAAGCAUUCUCAUAAAACUUGCUCCAAAUUAUUACAUUGUUGUACUGAUUUUUUUCUUUUAACAAAAAUCAACCAGAAGCUUGAAAUGUUUAUAUUUUCCAAUACUUGUAACAGAAAUAGUAUUAAAUAUCUUCUCAUGUGAUUUUGCAUGAAACUAAAUGUCAAAGAAGUUAAUUUACCCAAACAAGUAGUAAGUAAUGUAGCAACCAAAUCUUUAAAUUAUAAUAAGUAUAUACUAUGUCUGUGAUGUGUUUGAUUUUGUAUUGUUAACUAAACGUGACCCUUGUCAUCUGUGAUAUAAUCUCUAUUUUUUAAGUUUUGGGUUUUUAUUGUGAAAUUUAUUUAUUAUGUGGACAAUACCGAAUAAAGUAUAUUUACAUUCAUAUAUGAAAA